AUGUCCAACCCAGGAUAUCCCAGCGCUUGGAAGCCGGGCAAGCCCCCACGAAGCGUGGUUCGCCAUCGGCGGGGCCCACCUCUAUUCAAUACUCUCACCGCGACGGCCUAUGAUUUGCAGCAGAUGAUGAUUGCCGGAACCCUGAAGAGUACCGAUCUGGUUGAGGAGUAUGUUCGAAAUAUUGAGGAGCACAAUGGGUAUCUUCGUGCGGUCUCUGUAUAUGCGCCAGUUGCGCUGGAACGGGCUCAGGAAUUGGAUGCUAAGAGGGAAGCCGGUGAAUUCUUAGGCCCGCUUCAUGGAAUCCCUGUUUUUAUCAAGUGGGCCAAGCCUGGAGAUGAAGACAUCCACAGGAGCAGUGGCGCUCCUGAAUACAAAAUCCACCAAAAAUGCGCAGGUUGCCGACAAGCUGCUUGCUGCUGGAGCGGUUAUUUUGGGAAAGACAACCAUAUCAAGGAAAAGGUCUCCCAUGCGGUUGGUCUGCAGUUGACGGCCAAGGACAGUCCCUAUAUUCCUGGGGGAUUCGAUCCAACCGAUUCGAUCGGAGGGCAUACUGUACCCGGCGGCUCAUCCUCAGGAGUUUCCAUCGUCAUCAGUGCAGGUCUUGCUGCUAAUGGAGUUGGAACGGAUACCGAUGCCUCUAUUACCGCCCCGGCAGUUAGAGCGUCUCUGUAUUUAAUUCGACCGACUACCGGAAUUGUUUCAGUAAAUGGUACAGUCCCGUGCCCAAAGACUUUUGACACCAUCGGCCCAAUGGGUAGGAGUGUUCGAGAUGUAGCAGACCUCUUGACGGCUCUCGUUGAGCCAGGCAAGACAAAAACCCCACAAGGCGGUUAUGCAUCCUCUGCUACCAAAAACCAUGGAAAGUCAUUCAGGAUUGGUACGCUUGAUCCAGAAGUUUGGAAUUACCCAGAUUUCUUAGUCAAUCCCGUGCCCGAAGCUACAGAGCGAAUUAACCGAAUUAUUCUGGAGACAUACUCCAAGAUUCGUGAGGGCUUGGCCAGUGUCUUUCAUGAGAAUGCCGACCUUCCCCCUGUUUCAGAAUUCAUGCUGAACGGGAAACAUUCCAUCUACACCUCUUGGAUAUCGAAUGAGUUGAUGUUCUCAACGACUACCUCAGCGAGCUGCCAGGAUCUCCCGUGA